AUUCCCAGGAGAAAAAUUAACUUGGCUACUCUCCUGGUUUGGGGCAAACCUAGAAGCAGAUGGACCAGACUUUUGUUGUCUGAAAGCACCCUGAAUCCAGAGCCCCUCUGUUUUAUGGUGCCUCAGUCAGACAGCCCUAGAAUUUAGAUCCUGGGACUGGAAAGAGAUCAAGAAUCCUGGCAGCUCAAGCUGCCUCAGUCGCCUCUUGUGUGGGCAUCAUGGUGGUAGCUGAGUGCCAACAGUGCUGUCCUGAUUGCCUCUGUUUACAGAACUGAUAAGUAGGGAAGGGACUGGAUCUGAGCAGAACAGCAUUCUCCCAAGGCCUUUGGCCACUUUUAGAGGCUGAGGACAAGGUCAGCACCACGGACAGCCCCCCGGUCCAGCCUCCUUUUCGUACGCCAGAGAAGAGAUCUGGACUAGUCUGGUCUGGGGACCGGCCCCCUAGUCACUGCUGGCUGUUCUAAGCAAGUGGAGGACUCUCAUGGCUCCCAGAGCAAUCUUUAUGCCCCAACAGGCUUCUCCCUCUCUUGAGCCCGGUGUCACUUCCAGAGACCGAAGUCUAGUGUCCUGAGGCAUGCUCCUUGGGGUCUCGCAGCCGCAAGGGUCGGACUCGAAGCUGCGGCUGUCAUUGCUCUACAAUCAGUGCAUGUUCCUCGCUGACGUCAGCCGGAGCUGUCCUGGCGCUAUAUAAGGCUGGCGGCGGUCCCGGGACAGACCCCGUGUUCCCCAAGGCGCCCUCAGCCCGCCCCGAGGGACAGACUGGAGCUCCGUCCUGCAGGGUGCAGAUGCUCUCCGGCAAACUGGCCGGUGGCACCAUGAGGCCGGCGGGACGCGCGGCGCUGCUGGCCGCGCUGCUGCUUCUGGCACUGCUGCGCCCGGGGAGCAGCCAGUGGAGCGCGGCGGCGGCGGCGGCCGGGGUCCAGGACCCGAGUCUGCGCUGGAGCCCCGAGACGCGGAACCACGGCGGCGGGGCCCGCGCUCUCCUCUUGCUGCUGGCGGAGCGCUCCCCGCGCCGCGUGGGGCAGGGCCGAUGGGGACCCGGGAUCGCAGGCGAGCGGCCGCGACGGGACGACCCUCCGCUGUCCAUUGACCUCACCUUCCACCUGCUACGGACCCUGCUGGAGCUGGCGCGGACGCAGAGCCAGAGGGAGCGCGCCGAGCAGAACCGCAUCAUAUUCGACUCGGUGGGCAAGUGAUCAGCGGGGUCUGGGGCCCCGAAAAUCUCGACCCCCACCCCCCUCCCCGGGGCUGAGACGUGCGCGACAGGAACUGACCCAGUCCCGCCGGGGCAGAGCGGCCUAGGGAUACCUUGGGCACCCUCCAGUGUUACUAGUUUUUAAUAAAAGUGCUG